AUGAUCCUGCCCCCAAUCCCACUAGCGACUCCGAUAACGAUUGACUGGCCAGCAUACGAGACUACCAUUGCAUCAAGCUCUGGUGGGGCCACAUUGACCAAGACCACUACAAUCACCGUUGCUCCCUUCACUAUCAGCGAGAUACCAUUAUGGCCUAUCACUGUGGCGGAAUCUGGCGGAAAUGCCUACUUGAGCCCCAUGCAGAGCAUUGCUCCACCAACCUUUGCCGUUACAACACCUGCUGCUGUUCAGAGUGGAAUUGUUUCCGAUUGUACGGAGUUCUAUCAAGCAAUCGCCAACGACGGAUGCGCUGCCAUUGCAACUGCACACGACAUCACACUUGCACAAUUCAUCGAAUGGAAGCCGGCGGCAAAAUCAGACUGCUCGGGACUUUGGGGUGAUGAAUAUUACUGCGUCGCUGUCGCUAAAGCUACGAGCACCACCUCAUACACACCCAUUGCCGUGACCUUCUUUGACAAUUCGCAUAUUAUUACUGUGGCGCCACAGCCGACAGCGACAUCAGUCCAACCCCCUGGAACAACUAUUCCUGUACUCACAUACUCCGACGGGGAAGUACCCUCAAAUGGAGGAUGUAGUUCUGGCGGCGACACUACUGGUUGUGGAAAGAUCGAUUGUGCCCUCUUUGGUUGUGGGGGUGCAUGUGGAUUCUUCGGUUGUGAUGGAGGCUGUGGCUUAGGAUUCUGCGGAGGAGGCUGUGGUCUUCUCGGUUAUGGCCCUGGAUGCGGAGCUGGGAAAUGUCUUCAGGAAGGAGGUGGUGGUGGCUCCGACGAAGAGGAGACAUCAGCUUCCGAGGCAUGCAGCGCAACUGCCACGCCUUCCGUCACAACUGUUUGUGACUAUGCCUGUCCCGACGGAGCAUCGACAUCCUGCGCCACCCUCUGCGGUUCGUUGACAAUUAGCUGUGAGCCUACCGGGUUCGUUAGUUUCUCACCUGGCACUGUGGACGCAGACGCGCUGCCACUCAUAUUACUCGAGGCCUCCGAUGAUGCCAUGACAUCCGAUGCGGAAUCCGUGGCAUCCUGGUUGAACCCAAAAUACACUAGCAUGGAUCCUGUCGUGACAAGUGGCACCACCAUGACUGCAUCAGCUACAGCGCCCGCUGUGACGACGUCUCCAAAAAAUACCGCCACUGCUAUCUCAGCAUCCUCUUGUGAUAUCAAAAGCACCAGCUCCUCCUCCUACUGCUCAUGUGAUGGAGGAUAUGCCCUGACAAAUUCCACCAUCACGCCGACGACGACCAGCACCACAUCCCAGUCUACAUCCACGGGCUUUGCGCUGUAUAUGACCUACUGGUCAGCCUCUGAGUGUCCCAUUGGACUCACAUGUGAGGAUGACGGGAAAUGGAAUGCGGUUAUGGUGGAAAGUCUCGUGGGCGAUGAAACGGCCGUGCCCAUACGAGGCACGUGGAACCAGGGUGGCAUGGUUGAUGGAAGUCAAGCAACAUUCUGUGAUCAGACUUCGACUUUCACAAUCGAUGGCGAUGACAUCAAGGGCUCAAGCAGUGUCAGCAAAUAUGGCUCAUAUGUUUGCAAGAAGGCACCUGUUCCUGAAGAAAAUACCUGGUAUGAUUCGGAAAACACGGUAGCUUUUGAUAUCGAAGGGGCAUGGGCGUGCCUGACAGACAUUUGUACCUAA